UAGCGGGGUUGUGAUAUGGGGUGGAUCGAUGUCGCGGGGGUAGCCGGCGCCCUCUCGCGGCGCUCGGCGCGGCCCUCGCGACACCCGGCUCCCUCAGUGCGCGAGGCAGCGGCCGCCGCGAGCCCGUGUGGCGAGUGUCCGUGCUGCGUUCAUCCGCUUGACUCGAGUAACUCGACCGUCAGCAGCUCGCUCGAGCCGAGUAAGCUGGGACUGUCAAGAAUUUCCAGCUGCAAGGCCAGCUGGUGCGUAAUCACUGGGACUUUUACUUUGUUCCCGCGAGACGCACCCAGUUCGUUCACACAAAGAGCCGGCAGCCGUGAUAUGCAUGCGCUGGCGGCGCAGCGUCCGCGCAGCGCGCGAUAACCGCAGCCCACUGCCACUGUGCCAAGUCUCCGCGCUCUCACUUCGCUAGCUAACGCACGUGCCCGAAGACGCGUCGCGCGCCCUCGUCCUCACGAGUGAUGCCGAUGACGGACUCUUUAAGUUACCAAACACUGGCAGCUUGCAAAACGUAAUCCGAAAAAAAAAUUGACGUUUGUGCGUCACUGAAAUGGCGCAUCGAGACGUGUUGAUGUAAACAAAAAUUGUGCAAA